AGUUAUAAAUGUUAUAUAGUUGGCUAACCUGUUACUGUCAAUGUGACGUAGGAUUCUAACCUAAAUAUUAUUUUCUGUAAUUUCAAUUUCUGUGGCUUAAGUUAAUUUCAUACGUGAUUAUGGUAUGUGAACUUAUUCAAUAGAUAUUUCACUAUUCGUUGCAAAUUUUUCAUCCUUAACAAAAAGCCAAAAUGCUGCCACGCAGUUUACGAACACCUAUCAAAAUUGGAUUUGCAUCAUUAAGGAACAGUUCCACAGCAACGCAAACGGCUGCAGCUCCACAAAAUGUGCCAGAAGAUGCUAACACGCAAAGAAAAAAUCCUCUGGAUAGUCCUGACUAUUUCCAAGUGCACAAUUUAUUCACUGUAAAGGAUUUGUUUGAUGCCAGAGUGCAUUACGGUCACAAGGAAGGCUCCCUCAAUGAUUACAUGCGGCCAUACCUGUAUGGUUCCAGACUUGGCCAUUUGAUAUUUGACCUGGAUAUUACUGCAGAACAUCUUCGUAAAGCUCUCAACUUCACAGCUCACGUUGCCUACAGAGGGGGUAUAAUCUGCUUCUUUAACAGAAAUGCACUGAAUGCACAUCUUGUUGAAAAAACUGCUAAGGAAUGUGGUGAAUAUGCACAUACUAGAUUCUGGCGCGGAGGUAUUUUCACAAAUGCUAACCACCAGUUUGGUGCAGUCACAAGAUUGCCUGAUCUCUGCAUAUUCUUGAAUACACAGAAUAACAUUUUAAGUCAACAUACAGCAGUGAGAGAUAGUGCGAAAAUGCUCAUACCUACCAUUGGCAUUGUAGACACAAAUUGCAAUCCCAAUCUAAUAACUUACCCUGUACCAGGGAAUGAUGAUACUCCAGCAGCCAUUGAACUAUAUUGUAAACUAUUCAAAGGUGCCAUACAAAGAGGCAAAGAAGCAAGAAUGAAAUUCCUACAAGAAACUGAGUAAAAAGAAACUUUCAAUAACAUUUAUUUUAUUAUUUAGAGUAAUAAGGAAAUAAAUGAUUUGUAGUUACUUAUAGUUAAAACAAAUUGUUAAACAAAAUAUACAGUAUAACACAAUGUACCUAUUAAAACUUGGAUACAAAAAUAUGCAAUAAAAUAA